GGAAAUUUCAAAUCAAGGUCAAGGAGCUAGGAGCAGGGAAGUUGGAAAGAAUGGCAACGAAAUGUGAGAAAGAAUCUACCUGUAGAAUUUCACUAAAUGGCUUUGUCACUCAAAAUAUUAAGAGUAGAAUAGUCACAGAGAUUCUUAAAUAUCUUCUCUACCAUCGGGAGCAAAUACCACUGCCUUUUGAUCAGCUAUAUUUUCAAUACCAGCGACCGGAAAUUAAUGAAGCUGACCACAAACACACCCUGUUCAAGAAGCGGAUGACGCAACUAUUGACGGAAAGUCAAGAACUCUUUGUGAACAUUGAUUCCCUCUUUCAGGAAACCGAUAUAUCUCACAUCAUCGUCCUCUUUGGUUCAACUGUCAUAAGCCCCAAGGAGGUGUAUCACAUACGAUUCUUGAACAACGAACAAACGACUCAAACUCUUUCCGUGAAGCACUGUGUCAGGAGCGUCGCAAGGUCGCUCAUCACGAGCUCUCCACUCGGGGACAGCCCUCUCCCGCCGGUCACCAACAUGGUCCUGACUGCACAUGCUCCUAGAUCGUGCAACCCGACCUGGUUCAAGCCCAAGGCCAACUUCAAAGUGCCGAAGAUGGGCCGUCACUGCAACAUUGACAUUAGCUGCGGGAUGAUGCACAGCAGAGUGUCUUCCGAAGAACACAUUUGGAUGCAGACUCCUUGUGGCAUCAAAGGUCUCAAGGAUACAGUAUCUCCUAAAGCUCCAAGCGACCUUUGGUGUAGUUGAUGAAAAAAGUUAUAAAACAGAUAGUUGUUUGAUUUCGAUAAGCUACAUUCAUCUUAUAGGAUAAUAGAAUGGAGUGAGCAGUGCCUUGUGAUAAAUAUGACUUGCAAUCAGAUUCUUUAGUUCAGGUUUGCUCAUAUAUUUACCAAUACCAUUGAUAUCAAUCAUAACAUUGAUUAUGUUUGUUAUAUUACAAGGCACUAGGCUAGAAAUUGAAUAUAA